AUGGCCUCACCUCGCGUUCUGAUUUUUGGUGGAAAUGGUGGCAUUGGCCGACUGAUUGCUAAAUCGAUGCUUAUGAAAACCUGGCACGUUACCAGUGUCAUCAGAGAUCCAAGACAAGAAGCAGACAUUCUUCAGUUAGGACCAAGAAGAGGUCCUAAAGCCGAUGUCCUCGUUGUUGAUCUUAUACUCAUGAAGGAUGAAGACGCCAGUAAAGAUUGUUAUGAUUAUGCUACAAAUACUUUUACUAAGCUGCCUUAUUGUUCAUCAGGAAAUAUGAGUAAUGUUAAAGCCGUCGAUCGGGAUGCAGCGAAGGAAAUUAUCACGGCAUCCGUUACUUCUCCCGAGGUUACAAAAUUCCUCAUGAUAUCAUCUCCUGCCUCGCGCCGAAAGAAAGCGCCUUGGUGGGACAACACUGAUUACCAAAACUUUCUCAACGAGACAAUAGCAUACCCAGAGAUAGUGGAGGCUAAGCUGAGUGCUGAUGAGUAUCUGGUCGCUAUGGCUAAGCAGAGGAACGAUGAUGGCCCAGAUUCUUUUCAAGCAAUUAGCUUAUACCAUCUAGUACCAAGUAACCCAAACAAAUCUAAAUCCUUGAUCACUUCAGAGCGAUAA